AUGUCCAUCAGACAAAGGCCCGACGAGACGCUGAGGAACUUCAUGACCCGCUUUAAUGCGGAGAGCUUGCAGGUCAGGGACAAGGAUGAAAAAAUGGUGAUGGCCGCCUUCACAAAUGGGCUCAGGGUAGAGGAGAUCUUCUACGACCUGGCCAAGAAGCCUCCCGCGAACCUGGAGGAGCUCUUACGCAGGGCGCACGAGGCCGCUAAUGCGGAGGAGGCAGGUCGCCUGAAGAAGGAAUCCGAUCAGGAGCUCGGAGAUCGGAAAGGUCGGACUAACCCCCAGAGGAUCUUGGCUGUUAUGGAGGCGGAAGGGCUGGGAGAUCGGCCGCCCAAGAUGGGGACACUCCGGAAUAAAAGGAACCAAGAUCGGUACUGCGCCUUCCACCGUGACGUCGGACACGACACGGAGGGAUGCUGGGCCCUGCGUAAGGAGAUAGAAGACCUGAUCCAGCGCGGCUUUUUAGGGCGGUUCGUACGCCGACCAGGUCAGGAGCUCGGGCGCAACCACUACGGAGAUAGGUACGAGGGACGGCGUCGAGACCGCCCCGAGCGGCGCGACGCUCCUCGGAACCCCUCCCCCGACCUGGAAGACCAGAACCUAGCGGGGGUCAUAAACACCAUCGCCGGAGGCCCCACGGGGGGAGAUAGUCACACAGCUCGGAAGAACAGGCGACCACCCCCCGAGGGAGACGACUCGUUGAAACGCCUGCGCAUGGACGAGGAGACCACCUUCGGACCGAGAGAUGCGGUUCCCCUAGCGUCCGGGAAUCACGAGGUUAUAGUGAUAGACAUUGUCACCAACAACUAUUGGGUGAAAAAUGUGUAUGUCGACCAAGGUAGCGCGGUUGACAUUAUGUUCUACCGGGUGUUCAAAGAGCUCGGGCUGAGGGACGACCAGCUGACCCCGGUUUGA